CUGUUUUGAGCCUCGUUCUGGCUAAAUAGAACCAAGUUCAGAGUUCAGUUGGGAGCGUUAUUUUGCACUCACGCGUUUCACUCUCCUAGGAGGCCCGAAGCUACAAUUUCAACAUGAAGGGGGAUAUGCUUGCAGCUGUGUUCAUCACGGUUUUAUGUGGGGCGGCAGUUGACGCAGUAUGCGACUCCACGACCCCUUCAAAGGUACAGGCUUGUGUCUUUCAGUCGGAUCUCUUCAAGGUCGGCUUACUACCAAGGAAUCUGUCGACAGUUAUUGAAUUUUGCAGUACCGGCCUUCAAACUUUGUCUGGUUGUUUGGCGGACAAAGUCAACGAAUGCGAGGAUGACGAUAAGCAGGAAAUGCUGGUCAAACUGUUGAUUGACAAGGAAAAGAUAAUGAAUGGCCUCGGGACCAUGUGCAACGGCUCAGCUGCAUUUGCUCAAAAACAGGAUUGCCUUCCCCAACUCUCGACUGAUCCAUUCAAAAGCUGUGUGGGAAGUGCAGAUGCCGCCCUCAUUAACGCUGGUAACCCCAGCAGCCUCAACAUGUCACUCGACACGAUGUGCACGUACUUCGAGGCCUACAACUCGUGCUUCUCCAAACUAGAGGGUGACUGCAAUGACAUCGCAAGCUUCUACGAUAAAGGCAUCACUGCUAUAAAAUACCCAUACUGUUCCAUGUCCCAGGUUGCGAAACGGCAAGCUAUAGAUGAUUACCAGAAUUAUGUCUCCAGUAGUGCGGGGUUGGUGGGUAGCAUCAUGUCAAUCACCGCUGCCUUUGUUGUCUCCAAGAUCCUUUAAGUCUUACUCUUGUUAAAGUUCUAUUGCAGUUUGCAUAUUAAAUGGUUUUGUCAAAACAAACGUUGCAGUAUUUCAUAGACAAGCUUUUACAGAAAUGGUCCAAUAGCUAUUCCUCUGAAUUCAACCAGACAUUUUCUUUCCGAUCGUAUCUGUUCGUGUUAGGUGGCUUUACCUAUUUAGAUUGAAGCCUGGACGUUUUUCAUUCAUGACGUUUCUCUGCAUUUGGACCGACUCGGAUACAAUCUCAGUAAUAUACUAUGCAUGUUUGCAAUCGAGGCCAACCCUUACACCUGUCUUGGAAUGUAUUGUAAACUGUAUAGUAUUACACUACACUGUAUGGCGGCAUACCUCGUGAUGACGGGCUCAUGAAGUUUACUGCUCUUCGUCAGGAGUAAACAGAAACCAUUCCAUAUGUAUCAUCAGUAGCACUGAAUUUGCCCUAAGCUUGCUUGUAGAUGAGUUAUUUUAGAAAAGGAUUUGCAUUAACUGAAACAUUACAACUUUAGUCAUUUUAUACACGUGGACGUUCCUGUGAUUUAUAUUUUGACCAUCGAUCAUUAUCAAAUCUUAUUCGCCGUUGAAUUAGAUACUAAGCCGUGCAAUAAAAGAUCACCCAUCCUUUUGGAGACUGUUAUUAUUAAACAGUGUUAUAUAGUGUCCAUGUUAAAGUCAUAUAAAAGAUAGAACCAAAUCUGCAUCCAAAUGACUCAAUGGUUUUUCAUCAGUUCAAAUCAUUCCUCCUUCAUGGAUCUGUGAUCAUUUUGUUCUUAAGUGUUCGUGUGCCUCCAAUGUUUUUCUUUGUCCAUUAAAUGUUAAUUAAUCACUUGUGUUAAUUAUUGUUUACUAUUAUCUUUGCUUACAUGUAAGUUUUUAAUAAAUAUUCUGAAACUGUA